AUUUAGUAAAAGAAAAAGAAAAAGAACUGAUCAAAGCCGGCAAUUCUCUCUCCGAUCUCUCUCUCUCUCUCCAUGGCGAAAUCGUCCAUGGCGUCGUUGCUGAAAGCGUACUGGCUCCCCCUGAUUCUCUUGGCGUCCUCCGUGGUCUACCAGCUCUUCAUCCUCCCUCGUUCCUACCCUCCCUCUCACUACGACGUUUUGGGGAUCAAGAGGGACUCGUCUAUCGAGGAAGUCGCUGAAGCCUACGAGAAGCUCUCAUCCAAGUGGAAUGCUGGCGUGGAAGUUCCUCCUACCAUCGAUUUUGUGAAGAUUCGAUAUGCUUUUGAGCUGCUAACAAAUCCCUUAUGGAAGAGAAAUUAUGACCUAUUCAGUAUAGACGAGCACAUUCAUGUUAUUGAAAAUGCAAAGCCGCAACAUGCUGGGGCAAGUUUAUCUGAGAUUGAGCUUCCGUUGCUGGAGGCUACUUCCUUUGAUCCAGGAGAUGCUCCCAAUAUCAUCACCUCGGGAAACUUUUUUUCUAAGUUAGAGAAUGCAAAGGCAUUGCUAAUUCAGGUAUUUUCAGUUGGGAGCAACAGGUGUGCACAAUUUGCUAGUAACUGGGAAAGGAUUGCUGCUCUGUUGGAUGGGGUAGCAAAUACUGGACUGGUUGAGCUUGGAGAGGUUCAGCUUGCCAAGUACCUUGCUGAAAAGACAUUUACAGGGCAGCCUUCCUUUCCAAAUGGCUUGCCUUCACUCGUCGCAUUUCCCCCAAGAUGUAACUCUUCAACUUGUCUUCUUAGGUAUGAGGGGGAGCUAUCUGUUGAUGCUGUUACUGAUUGGGUUGCCACAACGAUCCUAGGUCUGCCUCGUAUUCCAUACUACUCAAAGGAUUCAUUGGAACAAGGUUUUCUGCGCAAAACCAGUCCCCACAAGGUGAGAGUCAUUCUCUUCUCAGAAACAGGGGUCCGUGCAACUCCAUUUGUGCGUCAAGUUGCUUUAAACUAUUGGCCUUAUGCUGCUUUUGCAUUUGUGCUGUGGAGAGAAGAGGAAUCUUCCUUUUGGUGGAAUGUGUUUGGAGUGGAAUCUGCACCCGCAAUUGUAUUUUUGAGGGAACCUGGCGUCAAACCUGUUGUGUACCAUGGACCUGGCAACAACUCAUGGUUUGUAAAUCUCAUGGAACAGAAUAAACAUCAUGUGCUACCCCAGUUGAGGAGUUUGACAUCCAUGGAGCUGGGCUGUGAUGCACAUGGUUAUUCUCGUGCUGGAAACGAAACCUCGAUUUGGUAUUGUGUUAUUCUAGCAGGAAGACAAAGCCCUGAACUCCACAAAAUGCGUGAAACGGUGCGCAGCAUCCAAGAAAUACUUUCAACCGAUGGUGUGUUACAUUCUGUUGAUCAAGAUCAGCUGCCAGCACCACCGGCUGCUGCGCUAAAGGAAAAGCGGUUGACAUUUACUUGGCUAGAUGGGGAAGCCCAACAAAAAUAUUGUUUUUUCAUCAUUCAAACGGCGAGCAGCUAUGAAACAUGUGGAACUAGGAGGGAUAUAACAGAUGUACCACAGUUGCUUAUUGUACGUUACAAAAGGAAUGCUAGUGAAGAUAGUAUUAAAAUUGAUAGAAAGCCAAAAAACAUAUUGGAGGCAUUUCAUGAUGAUGAUGUGGAUCCUGCAUCACAACUUGUGGCGAGGUAUAAUGGUUCGGAAGAAAUUCCAGAGAUCAUCAAGUGGAUCUCUCAAAUAAUAGAAGAUGGCGACUCUAAGGAUCUCCCAUUUUUUAGAACAAAAGCUCCUGCACUUGUUCCUGAAGAUGCAGAUCCCAUUUGGUCUGUUGGUGCCAGAAGCAUUCUAUCAAAAGGAACAGGCAUGAAACAGAAAAUUGGUGGAAUUGUCAAGGGAAUCCACAGUCGUCUUGGAGAUCCAAGGAUUGGCCCAGUCUUGCUUCUGGGGGCGUUAAUGUCUUUUGGUAACAUCUGGCUGCGAAGGAGCCAAUCAACUCCUCCAAGUCAGUCAAAUCAAGAAGCUCAGCCGAGUAGAACAGACGGAGACGGACCAAAGCGGAGACGCAACCCAACAACUACGUCAAACCAAGAUCUUCCCCCUUCCAUCACUGACAUGGAACCAAAAGAUGCGUACCAGAUGCCAUUAUCAGAUUCAGACUAGGAGAGUAGAUGCCUGGAUGGUGUUUUAUUUAACCUCAUCGGGCAAUGCCCUAGGCUUCUCAGAAAGAAAAGAUCAAAACAUGCUCUAGGGUUCUCUGGUUCAUAUUUUCUUGCUGAAUGCAAAUUACUGAUAUUGGUUAUGGAAAUAAACAUGUUCAGGGUUUGGGGGGAGAAAAGAUGCAAGAAUUGUGGACUGCAUUAUUGAGGAUGUAUUUCAAGCUGAAAUAGUUUUUUGAUAGCUAAUCUGAUAUGCUUUCGCAUCUCAA